AUGCCUGCAAGUGCAAGUCAGGUGUUGCCGCAGGUGCAUCGUCACAACAUUUACACUCUGAUGGACAGCUCGGAAUGUGGGUCAGAGACGGAAGAGGAUGCAGAACCUUCCAAGCGACUGACACCCCUGGAGAAGUUAACGCUGGAAAUGUGCAAUGACGAAGAUACCAUAAAAGAACUGACGGUGGACAGAAGGGUGGGAUUCUAUAAAGUCCGCGGUCAGAUCGGCUGUGGGAACUUUUCGAAGGUCAAACUGGCCGUCCAUGCCCUCACCAAAGACAAGGUGGCCAUUAAGAUCAUGGAUAAGAUGAGGCUCGAUCUGCAGACUCAGCGGAUGCUGUCCAGAGAGAACUCCAACAUGGAGAGCUUGUAUCACCCAAACUUAUUGCAACUCUAUGAGGUGCUAGAGACGCCAAGUCGGUUGUACCUGGUUCUGGAGUUCGCUGGAGGAGGAGACCUCCACACCAGAAUCAGCUCAGGAGGAAAACUCUCUGACCAAGAGAGCAAGAUUGUAUUCGCCCAAAUCCUGUCAGCAGUCAAAUACAUGCAUGAGAACAACAUCAUCCAUCGAGAUAUGAAGGCUGAAAAUGUUCUUUACACAACCAACUCCUGCAUAAAAGUGGCUGAUUUUGGCUUCAGCAAGAGGGUCAACAAUCGCAACCAAGCCCUAGACACCUUUUGCGGUUCUCCUCCUUAUGCAGCUCCAGAACUCUUCAAAGAUGAGUCUUACAUCGGGCGACCUGUGGAUGUGUGGGCAAUGGGCGUCCUACUUUUUUUCAUUGUGACUGGCACAUUGCCUUUCCGCGCUGACACUGUGGCCAAGUUGCGCCAAAGUAUAAUUCAUGACAUUUUUGUGCCAACCUGGGUAUCAGCUCCAUGUCAGCGGCUGAUCAGGGGGAUCUUGAAGCCAGAACCUUCGGAGCGAUGCGCACUGGACCAGAUGCUGGGUUGCGAGUGGCUGCUGCCGGUGGAACUCUUCCGGCCUAUUCCUCCCUUAUACCAGCUCAACCCCGUCCAUCUAAUAGAGGCCAGCCCAGCGGAGUUAGACAGAGACCAGGAAGAGGUAAAAGGUAUCCUGGAGAAACUGGGAGUCACUCAGGAACAUAUUCUCAAUAACCAAGGAAAGCGCAUUCGCAGUCCUAUUACAGGGGUUUACCGCAUAUUAUUGCACAGAGUUAAAAGAAACAAUGGAGCCGAGUCUGCGCCUAUAAUCAGUGGAGUCGUCAAAGAUCCUAAAAGAGACAGUCUCCGUGCCUAUAGGAACCUACGGCACUCCUCGAAACUGUGUGUGCUUUCUUAAAGGCAU